GAAGGGUCGCGCUCUGUUGUCUUAUAACAGGAUAAAGCCUUUGUUUCGAGACUCGCGCGGAGUAGAUACGAAAAAGCACGGAUGGAGCGGAAGCCCAAUUAGCCGUAGUGGAAAUACGCAGAAGCAGUAUUCCAUGUCUCUCCUUUGCGCUGUCAUUGAUGGGAAACCAACUAGACCGGAUCACCCACCUGAACUACAGCGAGCUACCCACCGGGGAUCCGUCGGGCAUCGAGAAGGACGAGUUACGGGUCGGCGUGGCAUAUUUCUUCUCCGAUGAAGAGGAUGAACUGGACGAUAGGUCUCAGUCGGACAGCUAUAAAGACAACAGCCCGACUAAAGACGGCCCCGUGACGCUCAGCGAGGUCGAGUACUCAGCCUUUUGCUGCCAGGAAUGUAUAUUCUCCAAACUACGCGAGAACGAAGACCUGAACGUUUAUUCUGUGAAAACUUUACUGACCAUGUGCAAACCGGGGGAUUUGCUGGAGUUAGUGGCCAACGCUCAGCCACCCCACUGGGCAAUCUUCGAGGGGGAGGACCAGGUUAUACACCUGCACAAAGGCGAGAUCCGCAAAGACAGUUUGUUUGAUAUCAGCUGUGGUUGGCAGGGCAGGAUAGUAAACAACCGGUACCGCUACCGGCCGUUGCCCCCUGAUCUCGUGAUGCAGAACGCGAGCGGGCACCUGGGGCUAAGCAGCGGCGAGAUUUGCUGGACAAACUCGGAAAGUUUCGCUGCUUGGUGCCGUUUCGGGAAGCGGGAGUUCAAAGCGGGUGGGGAGGCGCACUCAGCGGAGCAGCGCUACUUCCUGAAGGUCCAUCUCUCCGAGAGCACUGUUCAUACCCUCGUAUUCCGCAGCCUCGAGGAUAUGAUACGGGAGAGGCGGCUUGUGGACGCCAGUGGAAUUCUGAAGGAGCUGUCGCUGGUUGACGGGAAAGAAUGAGCGGAUUUCAGCGUCGUACAUUUUAGAAAACCUUGCAGAGACCUUUGCGGACGUCUCGGGACUAUGCAUGCCUCUGGAAAGGGCUGCUUUCCUCCUUGUAAGACUUUGAGGAAUGUGUCUGUCCUAAAAUACGGUAAAAUUGGCAAAGACAACGCCCCUUUGGUUGUGGUGUGAUUCAAUGCCCUGCAAGUCACCAUGUACCUUUAAAGAAACGAACGCCCUCGUCAUAGCACAGAUCUCGCGCUCCUGUUAGAAUAAAACACCGGUAUUCUUAGUCGAGCCCUGCAAGCAUUGGAGCGUAUUGCGGCAGAUGGCUCGUGUGGAGCUCGCCGCGGCGCGCAGCGUUGCUUUGAUUUAUGAUUGAUUCUCUCUCUCUCUCAAAGCUUUAGCAUUAAACACUAGCCGUGGAGCUCACGCGCACCUGGGCAACUGCAUAAUGACACAACAGUCCACUCCUCACACGUCUAACUUGCAAUUACACACGUCUGUUUUAUUUUAUUACAAUACGCAGAAUGUACAUUUUUCUGUUUUGGAGUCCAUAUUUUUGUAUUUUAGUUAGUAAGUUAAGAAAUCUUUGUUUUAUUUAAAUAAACUUAGAUUGCCGUAUGGAAUCUUGCUGUGGUGUCGAGCCUUCAGUCUGUUUUUCUUUAAAUUAAAUAGCCGAGCACUUGCUGGAUGACCUCAACGAACGGCUUGCUGCGGUAUUUCAAAUCCCACACGCGCCUUACAUAUGCUCCUAUCGUUUUAUUUUUUAACCAUGGGCUUUCGUUUUCGCCGACUGAGCGACUUUUUUUUUUUCUCUCUCGUUGUGGUCUUGGUAAGCGCGAGGGGCGAGUGCUGGUGCGCGUGAAUAACGACCUCUCCUGUUUUGCUCAUUGCUGCGUCUUGCCGCCCGUUCGACCCGUUUGUGCGGUGACGAGUCGUGGUUAACCAACGAGUUCAAAGGCCAUAUACGAUCGUAGACAAGUAGAGCUUUUAUCGUUUUGAUGAUGCGAGCCAAACUUCUUGCAAGCGAAGCAACUUCAUGAAAGCGAUCUUGGCUUUCGGUAUCUAGAUUAAUUUGUGUACGUGCGUGUGUAAUCUUUGAGGGUUUUUUUACGACCGGUUAAAACAAACCGAGCGAAGUUCAAAAACGCAAGUAUUUCACGUUGUUCAAUUAAGUAGCUCGAUGUGCCAGAAAUCUAAUCCAGUUUUAUAUUUAAGCCAUGUGGAUCCAGAGACCAUUCCAGCUAUUUAUUUAUUUAUUUUUUUGGUCUGAAAGCAUCGGAUAGAGCAAGUAAUCGGAAGCGGGUAUGUGAUGCAGUAGGCUAUACAGUCCUGGUAAAUAUGGUCAUGCUUCGCCGGCUUUUCUAUUAGAGUCUGUGGGCUGCAGCUGGGAUGUGGUGUGCUUUAUGUAUUCCAUGUCUCUCAUCUGCCCUGCAAUUUCUUUGUCUGGAAUCUGUUUUGAAACCCUCUGCCCAGCCAGCACUAACGAGUCAAUUACAUGUCAGUAAGUUCACAGCAAAUGACCCUCACAUCGAAUUCAGUAACUGUUAGUAUUCUCCAAAACUCCAAUAUCUGUGUAGAAGCAAAUCAGAGUCUCGGCUGUUUGCUAGCUAGUUAGUCCUGGUCUAGAAUGGGCUGCAAGCCCCUUUUCUUUGUCCUCAGUGUGCCGUCUUGGGAGUGUCUGACUAGACCGUUAAUAUGGAAAGUGGAGAUUGAACACUUAGAAGGAAACAAGCAAGGCAGGUUUCUGAAACCUUGGGAAACAUUAGAUAUGAACGCUUUGGAACAGGCUCUGACUUGUUACACAUGCAUGCGCACACACACACAUUCACUCACUCUGUUAAAAACCCAGAGUAUUCUUGGAACAUGGCACCAUUAUCUGAACUUCUCAUUUAUGUAGUUUUGCAGCAACACUAUUAACCUAUUCUCCCUGGAGGUGGUCGUGGAGAGUCCCCUUUUGACUCAACUGUCUUGUCGGUCUCUGAUCCAUCACCAGGCCAGUUUUUUUGAGGCUGAAAAUUGAGGGUAGUGGGGCAGCAGGCUAUAUAUGGAGAAUGGGAGCUGUAUGUGUGUGGCGGCCAAGGGGCCCAGGGGGGUUGAUGCUGCUAACAUAAGAGCUGAAAAGAACAUCUUUAGCCUGAAGUCAGUCUGCUUCUUAGUGAAAUCGCCGUCUGUAUUUGUCUGUCCUGCUCCCUCUCUGGUGUUCCCGUCUCCCUUCAUAACCUGUUACUAGGUGAACCUGAGCCCACCUUACUUCACCUCUUUUGAUUACUAUGCAGACAAACCUAGUCAGAUGAGAAGCAUACCUGUGCUCUUCCCUUAACACCCUUAAUAAUGGCACCUCAUGGGUUUUAAGCAGAAAACCAUGCGAUGCAUGUACACUCUUUGGUUUGGUUGUUUUUCAGGCAGAAUUACACUCAGCAGCUGCUGUCUCUGUGCUCCAUAGUAACUGUGCUUCUGCAUCCCAGCUCCCUUAUUUGCCUAAACUGAACCCCCAGCUGUACCGAAGAACGUCCUUAACUAGUCAUUAUCUACUUGUCGGCCACGAGGGAGAAGCAGCUGGAUUAAAGCUAGCCUGUAAAAGAGGUGACUAGUCAAGAUAGCUGCCCGGCUUGUUCAUGUGCUGCGGUUUGAGGUUCGAGUCCGACCUGCAGAGGUUGAUUUCGGAUAAGAGAGCCAUGCAAGUAGGUGUGUCUAAAGAGCUUGCUGAGCUAAGCAACCUGGACAAGGGCUGUGGUCAGGGGUAUUGGCAACAUUUGACCACACCCUCAGUUGCCAUGCAUCCCCUCAGCACAGCAUGUUCUCUAGAUGGCUGAAAAUGUAACUGGGCUUUCCAGGAACCCACUGGCAUGACUCAACAAAAAUGGGGAAACUCCGGCUCCCCUUUUUGCUGGAAGAAAUGUGGCUGCACCUGUGAAGUGGAGCGUGGUUGAUUUCACAGUUCCUUCUGCACGCUCACGUAUGCAUGUGCGCACGCACACAUGCUAAUGCUCUACAUGUUCCAGCCCCGUGUCCAAGUCCCAGACGACGGACACUAUUUUUUGUAAUCAACACUUCAAUAUUUACUCCCCCACAACACAAGCUAACAUCACCAAUGCCACAGCUUGUGCUUUGCACUUAAUUAGCAUUGAGCCAUUUGCUUUUGUAUCCUCUCUCUGUGUGUGUGUGUGUGUGUGUGUGUGUGUGUGUGUGUGUACUGCAACCACCAAGGGUGGAGUGAGGCAAUUUUAAACUUUGUCCUGCAGUCAUCUGCAACUAAAUAUCACUAUAGUUUGCUGCAGACAAAGCUUAAAAGUGGCUCACUCCACCCAAUUGGGUUGCCUCAAUUACAGCAGUACAUUCAUAUUUAGUUGCAGAUGACUGCAGGACAAAAUAUUUUUCUGUGUGUGGCAGCUUGUUCAAGGAAAGCAAAUGUGACUCCUUCUUUAAGUGGAGUUGGCAUCAGAGGGACCGUAGUGCUCUCUGAGAUGAAUUUAAAUUUCUUUCAGAAGGUGAAGGGGGGGAUGGGAGUGGGGGUGCGAGGAGGUUGAAUAGCUUGAUAGGAUCCACAUGGCGGAGGCUAGACAAGUCUUGUUUGCCAGAUGAACGUGACAAUCCAUCUCUCUGUCUUGGGCAGAGUCCAUAAUGGUGCCAAUGUUUUGUAAGUGGCUGCUUUAUUUUACAAAUUGAUUCACACCAUGUGCUGUACGUAUCUGAAGAAAAGUGAACAAAUGAAGAGAUUAGUAAAGUAAACAUGUAUUGUAUUUUUGGUGCACAGGGAAAUUGCUUAUGUGCACAAGGCAAAAGACAAACAUGGAACACACGCAGGUAUCCGUGUCUUAUAUUCUCAGUUUUUCCAUAAAUCCUAUCCUCUUGUUAUUGAGGGACUAAGGCAUAGGAUUAACUCGAGUGCUGCGCACACAUUUUGCUGUGGAGUGGAAACGAGUAUCUGAGGCCAUAUCUCUUUUCUCUCCUCCUCUCUCUCUGCCCAUCCCUCUUCCUUUGGCUCCUCCUCCUCUCUCACUGCCCAUCCCU